AUGGAACAUCCAUCCAAACAUCUCUACAACCCUGACAGCAACAGUGCUGAAUCAACCAACACAACUGUGAAUGAGUUAUCAUCUGACGUGAAUUUCGUGUCUGACAAAGAGGAGUCUACCAGUAGUGGUGAUAGCGGGAUUGAUAAUGUGAUUGAUCCUCAUGUCGAGGAACAUGACACCUCACCGGUGACCUUGCAUAGCAUAUGUGGAAUGGCAAACAUACUGCUGGCCCUCCCAGACAAUGUAGAUUUGCGACAAUUUGGCCAGGAAACCAUUGCGGUCACGCACAACUUAGUUUCAAUUAUUGUUCCCAACCCCAACGUCACCAUCUUUGGGAUUCGCUGCGUUUCCAUUGGUGAUGUGACCACUUGGUGGUUUCACGGGCGACCCGCCCAGAUCACUGUCACCAACCAACUGGUAAAUUCGUGGGAUUUUUGUGCCACAUUCAAAGCCACACUUACCCGUGGAGAACACAGCAUUGAAAUGGGGGGUGAGGUGUUUCAAGAGAAUGUUGUAGGCCUGAUGCACGAGGGAGCUCGCGUCCAUCCAGCUCACUCCGAACUAAACACAUUCACUGCCGAAGAGCUGGUAGAAGGCGCUCGGGAGCAGUUCAGCAAGGACGACACAUUUGAGCUCAUUCCAAUUCCUGAUAUUCAUCACCCUCUAUCUCGCCCAGUACAGGCAUUGCUCUCAGCUUUCUCACACUGGUCUUACGAGCGCAGCGGGCGUACCAGCAUUAUUGGCGGGUUUCAGGGUGUAGGCCCACUCAUCACCGAGGCCGUUGUACACAAUGUCAAUGUGCCGUGGACCAUUGGGAAUUUUGGUAGUUCUGCUAUCAAGCGCUUUCCACACGAGCACUUUUGUGGAAAGUUCUGUAGGGUCCUAGGUGAUUUGCCUGCUUUGCCAAGGCACGAGUGA